AAUCACAUAUGGACAUUUAUUUAUAACAAAGUAUUUGCUAUAUAAUAAGGUCUUCAAAGUCUAGAGGAGUAGACUUAUAUGUAUUAAAAAAUAAUUACAUAACAAGUAGAAUGGGUAUCUGCAUAUCCGUUGCAUCUUCAGAGAUUCAUGGAAUCCCUCAAGUUCAUGAUGAAAAUGUCAUGAUAUUUGAAGCAAACAAGGUCCAACAUGAGACUCAUAGACUUUGCUCUGUUUACUCUAAAAAAGGUACUAAAGGUCUCAACCAAGAUGCUGCCUCUCUUUAUCAGGGUUAUGAGAUGGAAGAUGGAGCAUUUUGUGGUGUUUAUGAUGGACAUGGAAGGAAUGGACACAUAGUGAGCAAGUUAGUGAAUAGUAAUUUGUCUUCUCUCAUAUUAAGCCAAAAGAAUGGUUUUGAGGAGAUUGAUACACAAACAAAUAUUGUGGACUACAAACAAAACCAUUUUCCAAAGAACUUUCUAAAAUGGAAAGAAGCCAUUCUUGGUGCUUUUAAGGUGAUGGACAAGGAGGUGAAGCUACAAGAGAAUAUAGAUUGUUCUUGCAGUGGAACUACUGCUGUAGUUGUCAUAAGACAGGGUAAAGGUCUCAUCAUAGCUAAUCUUGGUGAUUCAAGAGCAAUCUUAGGGACAAUCCAUAAUGCAAAACUGGAAGCUAUUCAAUUGACUACUGAUUUGAAGCCUGGAUUGCCUUGUGAAGCAGAGAGAAUAAGGAAUUGCAACGGUUGCGUAUAUGCGCUAAAGGAAGAACCACAUGUCCAACGAGUAUGGUUGCCCAACGAAACCUACCCUGGCCUAGCCAUGUCUAGAGCUUUUGGAGAUUUCAUACUCAAAGACCAUGGUGUUAUUUCCAUCCCAGAUGUUUGCUAUCACCCUUUAACAUCAAGUGACCAAUUUGUUGUUCUUGCAAGUGAUGGGGUGUGGGAUGUACUAAGUAAUGAUGAGGUUGCAUCAAUUGUGUGGAAGGUAGAAAGUGAAGAGGCAGCUGCAAAGGCAGUGGUGGCAGCAGCCACAGCUGCAUGGGCAAACAAGUAUCCUUCUUCUAGGGUAGAUGACUGCACUGUUGUUUGCCUUUUCCUACAGAAGAAACCACAAAACUUGGGGCAUAUGAAAAGUGGAAAAUUAGGUUAAAUGCCCCUUCCACUAAUUAUUACUAGUACCUAGAUAUAUAAAGGCCUAGCUGCAAUGUAUGGUAAAACCAUCGCAAAGAAAGGAGGUAUCAAAUGUAGGGACUCAAAUUGAAAUGAGUAAACCCUUAAGUUAGUGCAUAAAAACUGGUCAUAUUAGUUUUUAAAGAUAUACAAAGCGUUCCACACCUUUUUUUGUGAAAUAUAUACACAUCAUGGUCAAAUUAAUUCUUUACUUUGUUAGCUAAAAGACUCAUUGGAGGGCAAAAUGUACACUUCAAAUACUAAUUUUCAUUUUUAAAGACUUUGUGUGUGUUUGGUUUUCA